AUGUCCCAGCCUCGACCUCUGUCAAUACCGACUUCUCCAAUGAACUCUCUUACCUCCAUCAUUCGUGCGAGUAACCAAGAAGAGUGCUCGUUGCCCAAUCCUGCUCUGUUGCAGAUGCUUGCCAUCCCGAACAACAUGGUUUUCAUCGAUUCCAACAAGUCUCCGAUAUCGGAGCAGUUGCUCAAGACGAUCGAUUUCGUGAGACUCACCAAGUCCGUCGUGACAAAGUCUGGCGUGUCCAUGCCGGCAAUAUUGGUGGCGUUGGUUUACAUUCGGCGAUACUGCUAUGAACAAACACUUGACCCGAAACGAAGUUGCGAAAGGGUCUUACUUGGUGCGUUGAUGGCGGCCACCAAGGACGUCACUCCGAAAUCUUACCAAACUAUUGACUGGGUUGGAUGCUCCGCAAAAUGCUUCACCUUGCAGGAAAUGAAAGCCAACGAACGAGAUUUCCUGGAAAAGCUACAUACCCCGCACAAAUUCAAGCCUCAAGAGGAAGACCUGCUUGCGCUCUAUCCCGAAAUCAAAUCCCGAUGUAUGCACCCUCCUGGCUGGUGGCGGCAUACGCGUUGGGAUAUAUCAUGCCGUGCACGAAACCCAUACCUCCCUGAUGACUUGGAUUCCUCUGAUGUCUCGGACUCCGAUGACGCCUUGGACUUGGGCGAUGCUCCGGACUCACCGCGACCGACUCUACGCCCUGCGCGAUUCGACAUACCUGGAGUGCCUCCUUCACCUAGUGCCUACUCCUGUGUAGCUGGUCACUACACGCCCGACGAACGCGAUGGCAGCGACGAAGACGAGUACAACGGCGACACUGACGAGAGAAACGACUGGACGACAACGCACACGCUCCACCACCUGGCCUACGCGCGCGGCGUCGAUGAGCGUUGCGACAAGAUUUACGAGUCCAUCGGCCACGCGCCUAGCUUGUAUAGGGUCCCCGAGUGCAUCAUAAGCCCCCGAACAUUCUGCAAGUUUUUGCAGUCGCUGCGCCCAAUGGUAUGUUAUAGUCGAGCUCCCUCGGCACACGAAGCAGCCCGACGGCGACAGGUGAACGAAGCCGAGCAUGUCCUUUAUGUUGGCCUGACACCUUUCAUCUUCCGUCGUCUGGCGAAGCCGGAAUCGCGCACUAUCCUUCUGUUUAGCUGUGGUGUACUUGCGCUCAGUCGAAUAGGGGAUUUCAUGCUACGAGCAAGAGCGGCAAAUAAUCAGAACAACCGCGUCGAUCAAUCACUUGUCACGUACCUCCAGACAACGUAUUCCGUAGGCUUCAUUUACCUUAGCCAUGUGCUGCUUCGGCUCCUAGGUUGCAUGCUAUCAAACGCCGGCAACUCCGACACAUUAAAUGGGUGGAGCAUGUACGAAUCGACUGACGAAGAAUCGCUGAAGACGCUGGAAGACGACGCAACGACCACAAUGGUUCAAUUACAACAUCUUGGCGUACUCAGCCUAGGGGCAGCCUCUGGUGCCUUGUACAUGCAAACGAUCACGGAUCUUGACAAGAUGCAUCUUGUUAAGAUGUUGAGGCACGUAGCUGCCGUAGAUGUGAUCAUCGUAGCUGAACUCAUACGGGGUUUGAAUGCAUUCAUCAUGGUUGCCUGUACAUGCUUCCUGUCUACCAUCGCCAUCUACCGCCUUGCCGUGAUGCGUUUCCAAACCGACGCCCUGAAGUCUAUGCGACCAGGCUCGUUGAAUGAUGUGUCUUCAAAGGCGACAUUCUACAUCUUCCACAUGUUGCCCGAGUACUUGGUCUUCCUCCUGCUUUUCCGCAUGAAUGUCAGGGAUACGUACCCAAUUUUUCUUCGGAAUCGUGAAGAUUGUAUCAUUCCUAGGGAGGUCGAGGGGAGCAGAGAAGAGAAUAUCGAUGAAUCUCUCGAGGACUACGAGUUGUAUGAAUACGAUGCCAUUAUGCCCUAUAUGCACGAUAAUUAUCCUAAAGUCAACAACUGCCGCCCACUCUCGCUCUCCCGGUGCCAACUCAUCUCUGCGAGUAUUUUGUACGUCUUCGGGAUAGCUACCAUCGGCAAUACGACAAUGGCAACAUCAUCGACGACAGACCCUGCUUUGGCGUCUUCAUCUUUCUUCAGUAAUAUCCUGACUCCAGGGUCGUCUCUGCACCCAACAUUUCUUUUUCUGGUUGAUGGAGCCUUCGGAGCACUGUUACUUGUGCUUCUUUCCCUGGCAAUUAUGACCCGCGGUAACCUACACUUCUUCGCACUGAUGGCAAUUGAGGUCGCGCUUUGGGCAAGUGUCAAAUGGUUCGUACACGAGCUGCAGAAGGUACAGCCAGAGGAGCAGGGAGGCAGGUCUGAAGUGACGGGUGCGAGCCAAACCGGCGGUCAAUGGCCAGCAAAACCGAAGGAUGAAUAG